AUGUCUAUGUCAGACAAAGAAAAACCUAGAUCACUUCCUUCAAUGUUCAACCACAUCAUAGAUUUCAGAGGUGAUGCUGUUACAUUGACGAUGGGAAACUUGAUGCCUCCUCGUCCUUCCUCUUCCCUCCAAUUCUUUGAGGAUUCUAUCCUCGACCUCUACAAUUGUGGCUCUGAAACCUCCAACUUUAGUCAGGGUCUUUCCCGUGCUCCACCAAUUCAACCCAUCAUGGAAUUCCCAUGGGCUAUGAUCCAUUCAUCAAACAAGUCACCAGUAGCAGCUCACUUUACAGAUGUCCCUGAUGGUUCUAUUGGCGGAGAUAUCCCACCGUAUCUUGCCACUUUUCACCCCAAGUUCGUCUAUUCGAACCGCACCCUUCAACGUAACAAGAGGAGGAUUUCAAAGUUGCAUGAUGCACCUCAAGCAGAAACUGUAGCAUUGGCUCUGCACACUUGUUAG